AUGCGGUCUUCGGCGGCGAGAUCGCUCGCUAGGGUUGUGGGUGCGAACAGUCGCAGCAGCAAUCAUGCCGCAAGCCGAGCGAUUGCAACGGCGGCGGCGGUGGUGCGACGGGUGGCAGGCGAUGCGGGUGCGGAUAAGGGCAAGGCGAGGCAACGAGCGUCGUUUCAGACCAGUGCAUUACUCUGCCGUACACUCCACACCGCUUCUGCCUCCCUCAAUGCUGCUUCGUCCGCCUCCAAACGGUCGCCUGGCACUGGCACGCCAUCGUCGUCGUCCUCCUCCUCAAUGCCACCCGGCCCCGCACCCUCUCCUUCCUCGGCGUUCAGCUAUCCACCAUCGUCGUUCGCAGGACUGGGAACGACCCAGCUUUCUCCGGACAUCAUGCUGCGCUGCACGAUCUUCGACUCGACCGGCUCGGCGACGUCUACGUCGGGCGUGUUCAAGAAGUCGCGGCUCUGCUCGGUCCACGGGCUGGAGCCGCGCGAUCUGCGCAAGAUCGACUCGCGCGUUCCCAACCUGGUACCGACGAUCCUGGCGCGACGCGGUGGGAUCCUGGUCAACAUCCUCCACAUCCGCGCCAUGAUCAAGAAGGACAAGGUGCUGCUCUUCGACAGCUACGGCUCGACCGACUCGCAGCUCCACUCGGCGUUUGUAUACAAUCUGCAGCACAACCUGCGGCCGCACUCGAGCAACGGCGGGCUGGCAUACGAGUUUAGGGCGCUGGAGAGCAUCCUUGUGUCGGUGCUCGAUGCUUUGCGGAUCGAGCUCGGGGUGGUGCGUGGGUGGACGAGCGGGGUGUUAGAGGAGCUGGAUGAUGAUGUGGAUCGGGAGAAGCUGCGGACGCUGUUGCAGGUGAGUCGCAAGCUGAAUGCGUUCUUGAGUCGCGGCAAGGCGGUCAAGAACGCGGUCGUGGAGGUAUUGGAGAACGAGGAGGAUAUGCAGUUGAUGUAUCUGUCGGAUAAGCCACCCGCUGCGUCGAGCGGCACUGGCAGCAACUCGAGCUCGGGCUCCGCAUCCCCCAACUCGUCGACCGCGGCGGGCAGCGCGAAACCGUCCACCUCCCCCUCCAACGCCACCCCGGACACCGCCUCUGCUGCUGCCACGGACGCAUCAGACCCCACGCCGGCAAUGGACGAGCUCGAACUGCUCCUGGAAUCGUUCGACAAGCAAGUCGAAGAAGUCGUCGCCGAGACGACGCAGCUCCACUCGGACAUCACCAACACGCAGGAAGUGGUCGAGCUCAUCCUCGACAACAACCGAAACAAGCUGCUGGCGCUGGACCUGCGAACCUCGAUCGCCACCAUGGGCAUCAGCGCCGGCACGCUCUGGGCGGGUCUGUUCGGGAUGAACCUCAAGAGCCACAUGGAGGAGCUCGACUGGGCGUUUGCGGGCGUCAGCGGCGUUGCGUUUGGCGCGGUGUGUUUGACCGCGGGCAUUGGGUUGAGGAGGUUGGAGCGGCUGAGGAGGGUGGGGCUAGGAAUGGGGAAGAAGGUGGAGCGGCGGAAGGCGGCGGCGGGGUGGUUGGGCAUGUGGAGAGGGAAGAAGGGGGAGCAGGCGAUGCAGGCGCCGAGUUUGGGGGUGGGGUUGGGCGGGAUGCCAACGCCCGGUUACGUGCCUGCAUAUCAGGCGUAUCAUCCGUCAGCGUACUCGGGUGAUAGUCAAGCUCAGGCUUUCGACCAUGCGCAGCAGCAGCAGCAGCAGCAGCACGCAGCUUCGUGGUGGUCCAACCCUGCCCUUUCCUCUCAAGCCACGCCUCCACCGCCAUCGCCAGCACCAGCAGCGGCGGGGGCGGCGGCGGCGGAGGCGAACAGCUCGAUCUACAACCACGGUCACACAUCUGUACCGCCCCCGCACUCACCAGCAGCAACAGGGGUCGCUGCAGCGGGGCGUGGAGUGGACGACCCGUACACACCACCACCGGCUGGCGCGGCAGCGGAGACAGCAGGAAGAGCAGGGCUCGGACUCGGUCUAGGCUCCAAAUGGGACUCGUCUUCGUUUUCGUUUAGCAAUGGCUCCGGCUCCGGCUCCAGUGGCGGCGGAGGUGCAUCGGGAGCAGCAGGCGCAGGGUCAGCCAAGAAGCGUCGCAAGCCGUAG